GUUUAUAUGUUUGGCGUUUUGUGCAUAAGUAGCGUUAUGAUAAAAAUUAGUAAACAAAAUGCUGAUAUUAAGUUGUAAAAUAGUGGAAGUAUAAAUAUAGUAGUUUUGUUGUUAUUUUUUAAUAACUUUCUACACAUAAUUCGAUGGUAUAGUAUAACAAUGGACAGCUCAAAAACUGAUGAACUAACCUCAACAAUGGGCAAUGUCCUGUCAACGUCCAAUAAAGAGGAAAAAAGCGACUCUAGCGAUGCUACCCCGACGUCUUCAACCGAUGCAAAUACCAACUCUACGGCUUCUGAAACUGUUUCAGAAGAUCCAAUUAGCAGUACAUCAUCUGACAAUUUUGACCAAAAACCACCAGUAAUGAAUAAUAAAGUUGUAGGUGGUGACAUAAUGAAGCUUCCACCAUCUGAAAAUGUUAAUGAGCUGUUAGAAAUACCUGUGUCUAGUGAAAAAAUUACUGAAGAUGUUGAAGAUCUGGUUCAUGAUUUAGAAAGUCUCUUAGGAGAAACAUCACAAUCGUUUGAUGCACCAAUUAGACCUAAGGCAGCUGAUGACAGUAACUCAUCUAAUGAGGUUACAGAAAAAAGCAAAGUUGAUGAAGACAUUAAAAAUAAUGAAAACAUUGAAAGUAAUUCAUCCCUGGAUAUUUCUAGUAAGGAUAUUACUGAAAAUGAAGUUAUAAAUAGCGAAGAAGGGUGUAAUCAAUCUGAAAUAGAGAAUAAAACAACAGAAAUUAUUUCACACGCUCCUACUUUUGCAAACAAUGAAAAAGGGAUUGAAGAAAAUCUUUGUGAUAAUAUGAAUGAGACUGUUGAUCCUACUGUUGACAGUAAAGAUAGUAACGAAAGUGAAUCAUUUGUUUCAGAAGAACAAUCAAUUAAUAAUGAAAAUAUUUCUGCAGUAGAUAAUUCAAAAAGUACUAUUGAAGUAAAUAUGGACAAAAUUAAUGAUGCCAAAAGUAAUGAAAUGAAUGAAUUAACGAAUGAUGAUAGUACAAGCAGUUGGGAACUUGUAGAUCUUAAUGAGGCAAUGGCAUUGGAGUCCUCAGUAAGUUCAACUCCAUCAGUUAAUGUCGAAGAACCUGUAAACGUAAUAGCUAAUUCUCAGAAUGUAUUAGAUGACAUAACAUCAAGUGGAGAUAAAGCAGGAACAUCUCUACUAAAGCUAAAUACUGAAGAGAACAGAGAAGCUGAAAGUAUUCAAGUUGAGGCUACUGAUCAAGUAGAUGGAAAAGUUGAUUUACUUAUUACAGAAAAUAUAGAAAAGCUUGAGGAGGUUAUUAACGUGACUAGCAUAGAUCAAGUUGAUAAAGAAACAGAAAGUACUAGCUCAAAAGUUAAAACGGGCGAAGAUAUGUGUGUCAAUGAAUUAAAGGGGUUAGAGGUAACAUCUUGUGAAGCAGAAGCAGUUCCUUCGGAGAUUGGCGAAUCUCACAAGACUACUACUAUUGAAGAAACAAAAAAUGUUGAGUUACAAAUGGAAAUAUCAUCCAGUGAAGUAUGUGUCCAACAAGAAGAAAGCAAACCUCAGAAUAUUGAGGAUGAAUCAUCCAAUCUAGAAGCAGUAGGUUCAAGUACAAAUCCAAAAAUAUCUGAAGAUAUUUCUAAACUGGAUAAUAGUGAUACCUUGGAAAUAUCUAAGGAAGACUUAUCUUCUAAUCCUGAAAAUUCAGUCUCAGAUGACAUUUCCAAAGCACCCGUAAAUGUAAAUCAUUUAGAUGCAGCAAUACCUGAAUUAACUCAAGAAAAUAUUGAACCUGAUGUUGAAAAUAGAGCAACACCAGAAGUGAUUGUUGCCAAAGAAACUGAUGUUACUAGUCAUAUUGUAGAAAAUAUUGAAUCAGUUGGUGAAACAGAGAAACCUAAUGAAAAAUCGAAUUCAGAUUUACUAGAAUCAGUUAAAGAAAGCCAUGAAAUUAAGGAAGUCGAAAUAAAUGUUCACAUGUCAAGUGAUGUGGUUGAACAUGUAAAUAUUGAAAAGUCAAAUACAGUUUUUAGUGAACAAGAUAAUGUGAAAACUGAUUUUCAAAGAGAAACAGCUGAGGAUACCGAAUUUACUGAGAAACAUGAAACCAAAAAUGCUAAAUUAGAAGAUACAGCAAUUUCAAAUGAAAAUUUCAAUAAACGUGAUAAUACUAGAGAGGAGAACAAAGAUAUGUCAGGCAUUAAGUUAGAUGAAUCAGAAGGGUCUGCAAUAAAAUCAGUUGAGGAUUCAUCAGAAUCAAAAAAUAAAGUUGGAGAGAUGGAACCAAUGGAUGUUGAACCUGCUGAAAAAAGUUUAAGUGAAAUUGAAUCUGUUAGGGAAGUCAUAGAAAAUGAAGAUACAGAGCCAAUGGAAACUGAUCAAGAGUCGAUAGAAACAGAUCAGAAGCAUAUAAAAGCAACACAAUUAGAUGAAGGCGAUUUAGGGUCAAAUAAUCCUGAUCAUUCUGAUUCUGAAAUACCUAAAACUAAAGCUGUAAAGCAAAUUAUAAAUGUCCAAAAAGAUUUGGAAUUGGUUGAAACAAACAUCAAUGAACAAGCUAAUAGCAAUGUAGAAGUUUCUGUAGUCGUUCAUGAUUUCAAGGAAUUGGAGCCACCCCAAACUGCAGAAGAAUCUGAUUCUGAAUCACUUAUACCUGGGGAAGAAAAAACAAAGUCUACAACAAAUGAAAAAAUUGAUGAUUUAAUAGAGAUCCAAUCACAUGAAGCAGUUCAUGAAAAAUCUGAUAUUGGGAGUACAGACCAAAAUACAAUUAACACUGUUGUACAAGAGGCAGAAAGUGUUAAAACAAGUUUAAAAGAAGUAGAACAGAUUAAUACCAGUACAGAAGAUACAGAAUAUGUGAGAACUGUUAAAGAUGUAGAUGCUAACAGUCAUGCAAUAGAGUCAGAACACAUUAUUGCUAAUGUAGAAGAAGUUAAAAUUGAUAUAAACAGUACUGAAGAAAUUAUUACGGAAACAGAAGUUGAUGUGAAUGAGACAGAGGGGAGAAAAAAUACUGAAGAAGGAACAGAUGACAUUGUAAUGGAACAGGUACAAAGUCAGGCUGAUGUAGAAGAGAAAAAAGAGGCAGGAGAAAAUUCUAAAGAAACAGAAAACAUUAAAGACGAUAUUGAAUCUGAUAUAAAAGAUGUAAGUGAGGCUGUAGCAAACACAAAACAAGUUGAAUCUGACAUAGAAGAGAAAGAAGAGGUUAAAACUGAUUUAAUAGAACCAAAAGAAGUUUUGGUGGAAUUAAAAGAGAUUAAAGAUGAUGAAGUGACGGAAGAUAUGAAAGCUGAUGCUGUGGAAAAAGAUGAGUGUAAAACAUCAAUAAAAGAUACAGAUAUUAAACUUGAUAUUCCACAGACAGAACAAGUACAAAGUGACGUAGAGAUGACAGAGCUUAUUAAAACUGAUACAGAAAAUAAUGAGCAGGUUACUGAGAUGGAAGAAACAAAAUUAGAAAAAACCCAGGAAGAUUCUGAACUCAACAUUGGAACUGAUCAAUAUUCUGAACCUGUUAAUGUUGACAAAGAUAUCCAAAGCAUUAGUAAAACUAAUGAAGAUGAUUCAGAACUUGAGCAAGAAGCUUCUAAAGUGAUAGAAUAUAUUGAUGAAAAAGGAAUAGAACCAGUUGAAACUGAAGAACCCGGAAUCACGGAUUUGGAGAAAGCAGCACCUAUUAAUACUGAUCAAAUGGAUUGUGAGUUAGUAAAAGUGUCUACAGAAGAAUCGAAACAAAUUGAAACUGAUGAUGUAGUUGUUUCAGAACCGCGAACUGAACAGAAAUUAUCAGAUAAUGUUGAGGCACAAGCAAGUGAAGUAAAAGAUGAUAUUAAGGGUGAUAUAAAUGUUUCAAGAUCAUCAACACAUCAAGACUUAUUAGAAAAAAUUGAAGAUGUAGAAAUGUCACUAACUAGUGAAGUAUGUAUGGAAAAUCCUGAAGGAGAUAGUGCUUUUGCAAUACAGUCAGAAAAAGGAUUAACAGAAAACGUUAGCGAUGAUGUAGAACAAAUACAAUCUAGUGGAGUAAUUAAAGAUUCAUUGGAAUCUAAUAAGGAUGUUUCUAGAUUACAAACUGAAGAAGAGUUAUCAGAAAAGAUAGGAGAUGUUCAAGAGUCACAAUCAAGUGAGGUAAUUAAAGAUACACCUGAAGUUAGUAAAGAUAUUUCCAUAUCACAAACUGAAGAAUUACCAGAAAAAAUUGAAAACGUCAUGGAAGACUCACCAUCAAGUGCAUUCAUUCAAGAUGCGGCUGAAGCUGAUACAGAUAUUUCCAGAUCUGAAAAUGAAGAACACUUAACAGAAAAAAUAGAGGACCUUGAAGAGUCACAGUCAAAUGAAGUGAUUAAAGAUAUGGCUGAAGAUGAUAAAGAUUCUAAAUCCAAAACUGAUGAAUUAUCAGACAAAAAUACAGAAGUCAAUGAAGACUCGCUAUCAACUGGAUUAAUUAAAGAUGCGACUGAAGCUGAUAAAGAUGAUUCUAAAUUACAAAUUGACGAUCGUUCGAACUCGGAAAAAAUUGAAGAUGUGGAGAAAACACAAUCAAGUGUGACAAUUAAAGAUGCAACUGAAACUGAUAAUAUUUCACUAUCAAAAACCAAAGAAGUGUCGGAAAAAGUGGAAUGUGUUAUAGAAGAUUCUCAACCAAAUGAAGUUAUUGCAGAUACAACGGAAGCUGUUGUUUCUGUAUCUGGAAUUGAAAAAGAACUAUCCAAGAAUAUUAAAAAUAUCCAAGACUCAUCACAGUCAAGUGAAAUAACAAAUGAUGAUACUGAAUCAGUUAAAACUAGUCAAGAAAUAUCUAUGCAAAUAGAUGAAGUUUUUGAUCAAGUUCAGGUAACCCAAGAAGAUUCUGACGCAUGUGUUGAAUCUGAGAAGAAUGUAGAAGCACCUGAUAUCGAAGCUAAUCAAGAUGAUGAAAAAAUGGAGGUAGAAUCAGAUGCCAAUACAGUUUCCGAAAAUAUUCCUACAGCUUCCGAAGCUGAAGUAGAGCCAAAAGUUACGGUAGAUGAGGCAAUUGCAGUUUUGGAGUCAAAAUCAGACGUUUCCCCAGAAUCAGAAGCAAUUAUACCUAAUGAGGUUUCAGAGAAUUCAACUGGCGAUAAACAUAUAGCAGCAGUAGAUGUUGCUGUUUCUGAACAAGUAAAUAAAUCAACUGAACAUGUUGAUGAUAUACAAUCUACAGAAGUAUUAGCUACAAGCGGCAACAGUCCAAAUGUGGAAACUAUUGUAGAGUCAAAUGAAAAUUCUGAUCACAUAACAGAUGUUUCACUCAAAAGUACAGAGGUUUCCGAUAAAUCAAUUAUUGAUAAAUCUGUAAAAUCAACAGAUGCUGUUACUUUUGAACAAGUAAAUAAAAGCGAUACUGAACUGGAUGAUAAUACAAAAUCCACAGAAGUUUUAGACAUAGGCAGUCCACCUUGUGGUAUUGAUAUGAUAAAUGUGAAAGCCAUUCAAAAAUCCAAUGAAGACUGUGUUAUUCUCCAAACACAUGUUUUACCCGAAGGUACAGAUUUAAUACCAGUAGUCUCAGAAGACACGCCUACAGAAUCUACAUCUGAUUCUUGUCAGGAUCAUGAAAAACAGCAUGAAAAUAAAUAUGGUAAAAACUUAAAUGAAAAUAAAGAAACAGUGAACAAUAAAAUUGAAAAUAAACCAAACACUGUUACAACUAGAAAGUCAUUAGCAGAAUUAGAACUUGCACCAUUACAACUAUCUGAGGAUGAUGACUCAGAGGAAGAAAUUGUGCCUAGGUUGGCACUAACACCUGAGGAAUGUGUUAUACAUUCACCAGACACUGAAGCAGUUUUAGAACCACUGCCACAAAUGGAACAAAUGUUAAAUGAUGAUAAAGAUAUGAUUAUUCAAACUGUAGCACCAGCUUUAGUAGAUACUCCGGAUAAUUUGGAAACUAUAUUAGCUGUUCAGAGCUUGCAAAACAUUGACAUUCCAAAACAAGAUGAAAGUAAUAUAAGUGAGAAAGAGAGAAGAGAAAUGGAAGCGUUGGCAAUGGCUGUACAAAGUAUUACCGAUCCUACUACUAAUUCAUAUGUAGACGAUUACAUGACGCCCACUAUUGAAUCGGAAUGUUUGAUUCAGGGGGAUGUAAUUGAAACCCAAGAUCAAGAUAUUUCCAUGCUUGUAACAGAAAUGGAACCAGUACAGGAACCAAUUAUUGAUACAAAUACUAUGCAAGAAUCCACAUGUGAAGCAGAAAAUACAGCUGUUGUUGACUCAGAAAAAGUAAAUGAAAUGGAAAUGCAACCAAUAAUACAAGAUAAUGCAGUCAGUUCUGAACCAACUGAAAUUGAAACAUUAAACUCCAAUCGACAAACUGAAAUCGCAAGUAUUGCACAAGAUGCUGUUGAAACAUCAAAUUCUGAUAUAUCUAUUGUUAAAUCGUCUGAUAUUGAACCUAAUAUUACAACCUCCAACAUUGAUACAACAAAUAAUAUUGAUCAAGAUGUGAAAGAGGUAUCUACUUCUGAACAACCCCAAAUGGAUCCUGAAUCUUCAACUUCCGAUCAACAAUCCAAUGCAGUAACGUCUUUUGCUGACACAGAAUCAGAAGCAGUAAAAAAACCAGUUGAUACUUUUGAAGAUUCUACCGAAGAAUCUGACGUAGUCACAUCCGUUACUGAUGCAGUCAAAACAGCAGAAGCGGUAACGCCAGUUGAUAGUGUUGAAGAUUCUGCGAAGGAAGUAUCUGCUAUCCAAGAACCUGAAAUAGAUAGUGCUCCAGAUAAUACUAAUGUUUCUACAGAAGCUCAAGAACGCCUCGUUAGUGAAGAUUCGACAACUGCAGAAGGUCCAAGAGCAAAUGACUCAGAAGCUUCAACAAGUGAAAAAGUAGUAUGCGAAUCUGUGCCGGAAACUAACUUUACAGAGGAUGAAGAAAAAACAAUAAAUGUAACAACUACUGACAAUAAAGUUGAAGAAUCCAGUGUUUCGGUCACUCUUGAACACUCCCAAACCGAAGUAUUUAAGCAUAAUAAAGAGAAACCUAAGAGCUCUGAAAAAUCUAAAAAACACCGAAAAUCAGAAAGGUCUGAUAAUUUUGAGGAAUUAACUAUCAAUGUUGAUGUAUCUGAGAAAGAAAAAACUUACAGUCCGAAAGUUACUAUUAAACCUAUAAAAGUACCCGACGAGGAAGUUAGUACGACCACAUCUAUAACAUCCGAAUCUGAAAUUAGCAAAGGAAGCCUAAAGAUGACUAUCACAAAACAAUCUGAUAACACACAUUCUAUAUUGAAAAUUAGUGAUCAAGAACAUUCUGAAGCAGUCUUAGAUCCUGACGAAGAACCUAUUCCAAAAUUAAUCAUCAAACCCAAAAUACAACAGGUCGAACAACAACACAGUCCUAAAAUGUCAACUAGAAGCUCAAAACACUCACCAACUAGUUCCAGUCAAAGUGCAAUUAGUCCUAGAAUAACUAUAAAACCAGUGGUGAAACAACAAGAACAACCUGUUAGUCCUUUGAAAAUCAAAAUAAACACUAAGGCUAACACUAAGAUUACCGGAAAAGAUGAAGAAAGUAAUAAAAAAAUGUCGAUAAAAUCUGCCGCGAAAUCUAAUGAAGAUGCUGAGCAACUUCAAAGCCCGCGGAUUACCAUUAAACCCAUUCCCAAACCAGAUUCAGAAAAAGAAACGAAUCCAAGGUUGACCAUAAAACCAAUCAAAAAGUCAGAAGAAGAUAUGGCAAACGAGGAAAAAGAACGAACCAGUCCGAAAAUCACCAUAAAACCUAUCGUAAAACCACAAGAACUAGAGUCAGCUCCUUCACAAGAAGAGGAAGAAGUAAAAGAGAGAAUCGUCUUAAAAAUUAACAAAGGGAAUCUACCUGUAAGUCCAACUAAGGACCCUAAAAAAAGGGAACAUCCCACCGAUGAAGAUAAAUCUGAAAGAUUGGCUAAGAUAACUGUUAAAUUUUCAAAGGAGGGUGGACACCAUAUCGUGCAACAAGGUGAUGAUAAUCCAUUAAAAAGACACCAAGAGGAGUUGCCUGUUCCUGAGAAAAAUAAGAAGCAGAAAGUCGAUACAGAUGCUGUUGUGUCAACUAGAUCCACUAGGCAUAAAGAAUACGUUGAAGGAGGUGAAAGCAAAUCAAAUUCAGCGACUGAGUCAAAGGUUUCACAACGAGAUCAAAGUCUCGAAUGUCCAAUAGAAGCUAAACGAUCUCGAAAAGAAAAUAUAAAUGAUAAGAUAAAACAAAAAGAAAAUGAUAAUGCAGAAGAUAUUCAGAUCAUAGAGUCCAAGCUAGAUUCUCCUAUAACAAUUAGUGAGGAUUCCAGGUCCCAGGAUAGCGGCAGUGUAAUUUUAUUGGAUGAGGGCAAAGAUGAUUCAGUGUCUUCAAUAGACGCAGGGAAAAGUGUUAGUUUAAGAGGGAGUCUGUCAGUGGCGAAAUCGAAUACACCUUCACCUGUGCUUAGAAAAAGAGGAAGACCAAAGAGGUCGAUAAGUCCAGCAGGCGAUCAGUCAAAAGAAGUUGAGCCAACUGCAGAAAAAGAGGCAGCUACACAGAAGAAAAAACCAGGAAGAACUCGCAAGGUAAGAUUUUGUUAUAUAGAAAACGCAAAACCCGGUGCAGAUUUAAUAUUCUUUAUUUAG